AUGACAUCUCGAAGCAACGAGCCAAGCGAAAAAUUGCACGGAAGUCAAAUAGAAGUAUGCCGUCACACGCAAAGCUCGAAGUGGUAUUCUCUCAAACCUAAACGUUCAGCAGAUAGUAGCUUAGAUAGAACUUCUCAUGAGAAAAGCAGUCGUCAGACACACAAACAUUAUUGCAUCAUGGUAUCACCGAAAAAGCUAACUCUUGAUGUUAUUAAUGAACAUUUAACCUGUCGGCUUUGUUCAGGUUAUCUGAUCGAUGCAUGGACCAUCAACGAAUGUUUACACUCAUUCUGUCGUCCAUGUAUAUUUUCAUAUUUUAAUGAUCAGGAUGAAAACACCACGUGUCCAGUAUGUUCAACAGUUCCGCAUCCAGCUAAUCCACUACUCGGCAUAACGAAAGAUUGUUGGUUGCAACAGAUUGUUUACAAAUUAGUUCCAUCGCUAUUUAAACGCGAAAUGUGUCAACGUCGAAUGUUUUACGAUUCGAAUCCUGAAAGUAAAACGAAAUUGAUCGACCAAUAUACGAAAACUCACGCGUCACAAAUGGGCUGUCGAGAAGAAGAGCUCGGCGAAUUAAGUGAACGAUGUUUAUUCCAACAAAAGGAUCGAUUAAAUAAUAAGGAAAUUGUUUACAUUACACUCGAAUAUAAUCAAACACAUGAAAUGUAUUUUCUUGAAUGUUCAUCAAACAUGCCUAUUAGUAUAUUGAAACAAUAUUUAAAAAAAGUCUUACCACUCUCGAAACGAACACGAUAUCAAAUUGAUAUAUUAUACGAUCAUAAAGUUUUGUUGGAUAGUUUAAUAUUGAAUCAUAUCAGUGCAUGGAAAGGAAACCAAUCGGAAAAACAGAAGCAGUUACAUUUAUACUACCAAGUGAUUGUGAUCGAACGCGAAGAACCUGGAAAUGAAGAACAAGAUACAACGGUUCUUCAGCCAGUUACAAAUACUAUCGAACCGAAACCUCCGGCAUUUAUUCGUUCGGCGAAUAUUUAUAAUCAUAUUAAUCCGAGUACAUUUGUGCAUACAACACCAUUUACACCAGCGGAAGCUCGAACAAUUAGUUUGAAUAAUUCUGCUACUGAACAACUACAGGGAAAUGAAACUGUCGAACUCAUCAAACCGAAAGAAUGUACAUUACUUGACUGUAAAACCAUGACAAUAACGACGCCGAUUCACUAUUCCAUGAAUCCACUCAAUGAGCUUUCAAAGUCAAAGAAAAGAUUGAAAAAACCGAAUAGCAAUGACCAACCAUCAACGAAAAAGCCUAAAACUGAAAAGAAAAAGAAGAUUAAAGAAGAACAAAAGCUCAUUCCAAUAGCACCAGCGAAUCCUCCAAUAACUCCGUCGGAAAAUGAAAAUCCAAAUGAAAUCGUCGAACAAAAGCAACUUUCGUAUUCGGAAGUUAUCCAAGAAGCAAAUAAACUUCUUGCAGCUGAUGAGCCACUGACACCGAACAAUAAUCCUUCAACAUCAGCACCAGUAUCUCUAACAAAUCCAACAACAACGCGUCUAACAAAACCAAUCGCCACUGUUUCACCGCUUCAUACAUCAAAGAACAAUCACAAUCGAGUAUUGGAAAAGUCUGAUGAAGAUCAAUUGAUGGAUCUGUCGAAAUCCAAUGUGAUAUCGGCUGAGAUUCCGAUCAAAUCAGAACCAAAAAAACGCUCGCGACAAAACUCUUCUUCCACCACUCGAACAAAAGUAUCUCGACAUUCAAACAAAUCUACUAAUGACGAAGGAACUGAUCUUUCGAAAUCAAUAAAGAAAACGCCUUCAAGUCAAUUUUUACCGCCACCAAUGCUACCACCUCCGUCACAGCAACAAAUGUUUCAAAAUCUAUUUCACACAUUUCAAAAUCAAGCGAACUACUGGCCAAUGAGUCCUUGGCCAGUACCGCCGCCUAUUGCACUUAUGGGUGAUCCUCGGAACUACUAUGCACAACCAUGGCAUGCACCACCUCCAACACCGUCUUCGCAAGCAUCACUUGGUCAGGGUCCGAAGGAUCUUAGUUCAGCAAGUUUACACGAUUUUAUCAAUGAAACGUCAAAUCCUGUUUUUCCUCUACCACCAUCAUCAGCAUUAUUAAGUCCUGCAUCGAAUUUUUCCCGUACACCUUCAGCAAACUCUCUACACCUUCAGCAUUCAACGAAUCGACAUCGACCGACUGCAUUAAAUGGAACACUGUCCUAA